GAUUUUGAUUCGAUGCUAAAAUAUCGAAGUCUUAGUCCCGAAGGAAAAGACUCCCUCAGGCCGCCGCCGCCGCCGCCGUUUCUCGCCUGAAGAAUCUCAGUUUAUCUCUUAGAAACCCUAGCAAUCCCGCCCACACGCCACAUGUAUCUCUUGACAUCAUCCCCUCGGCUAUCCUCUCUCUGAUCUCGUUCUUCGCUCUCUAUCUCGGAAGUCGUUCGACUGUUUCAGCUACAAUCUUCCGGACUUAUUUUUUUUUAUCAUUCUUUGAAUUCUGCUUCUUCUUAUUCAAACCAAUGGCUACGCCUCUGGAUAUGUCACUAGAGGACAUGAUAAAGAAGAAUAACCGUGAGAAGCUUAGAGCACGAGGUAGGGCCCGUCGUGGGCGUGGAGCAGGUGGGUCUUUUAAUGGUGGAAGAGUAGUGAUAGGGUCGAUUCGUAGAGGCCCUCUCAGCAUAAAUACACGGCCAUCUGCUUUCUCAAUUAGCAAGCCCCCACGCAGAAUGAAGAAUGUUCAAUGGCAGCAUGAUUUAUUCGAAGACAGUCUUAGAGCUUCAGGGAUUUCUGGAAUUGAAAUUGGCACAAAGUUGUACGUUUCCAACUUGGAUUAUGGGGUGACCAAAGAAGAUAUAAGGGAGUUGUUCUCUGAGAUUGGAGACCUGAAAAGAUUUGCAAUUCAUUAUGACAAAAAUGGCCGUCCAAGUGGCUCGGCAGAGGUGGUAUAUACUCGUAGGAGUGAUGCAUUUGCUGCUUUGAAGCGCUAUAACAAUGUGUUAUUGGAUGGGAAGCCCAUGAAGAUUGAAAUUCUUGGCGAUAAUGCUGAAAUGCCAGUUUCUGCACGUAUAAACGUCACUGGACUGAAUGGGAGAAGCAGGAGGACAGUUGUUCUAACGUCUGAAUCUGGUCGUACCGAUAGCUCUACCGUGGUCAACCAUUUUCCUGGUCCAAGCAAUCGUGGAGCGCUGAGGGGCCGUGGCCGUGGGCGAGGGGGCUGGAGCCGUGGUCAGGGUCAAGUUGGAGGUGGCCGAGGUCGAGGACGUGGUCGUGGGCGUGGCCUGGGGAGGAAGAAAACCGUGGAGAAGUCCUCAGAUGAACUCGACAAGGAUCUCGAAAAUUAUCAUGCAGAAGCCAUGCAAACCUGAGCCUCGGAAUUAUGUAAAAACCGAAGUAUGGUCUGAUUAACCACUUAUGUUAGCUGUUAGAAAAUGUUAUACAUUCUCUGGGUGAUUAUUUUGUUAUCAGCAAUAGUUUCCAUGCUUUGUUUUCCUGUUCAGUAGGGCUAGAUUGUAUUUGCCUGUUAAUGGAGAUGAUGCUGUUUGACCCUUGCUUAUCGAAACUUUUACCUUUUCGGUUGAUCCCGAACUGAAGCAAACCAAGAUGUCUGCAACUGCAAGCCUCUCAAAUAUGUACAAAGGAUAAUGAGUUUAGUUGUCGUUAUAAUGUUGUUUAAAAUAGGGGUAUCUUUGUAUUUAUGGGACAUAUUUGCUUGCUCUCUUUUAACACUGGUCUCAAGAAUAUCAAAUCAUCCUUCCCAAUUUUUCUUC